GAAGCUUUGAAGCCACAUUGCAAGAAAACCAAGUGCUGGUGCUCGAGGGGGUUGCCUUCGCUUCUACAAGAAGCUUUCCAUUGCUCGCUGGACAUGCACUGGAGUCAGAGUCGUCCGGGGCAACUUGAAGGCUAUCACUUGAGAAUCAGCACGAGCAGAUAUUUGCAUGAUGGACGGAUUGACUUUAGACAAGCUGCCAGUAGAGAUCUUGUAUGACAUCCAGUACACUGCGUUAUCCUCGUCUUUACCUCUCACCUGCAAGCAUCUCUACUCUGUUUUCAAGUCGGCACCUUACACGGUUCAUGCAGAAUACCUCGUUGGACGCUGCCUAGCAGAGGUAGAGCGACACCCGCGAGCCAAUCCUGUUUCAACAGUCCUGCGAUACCCUUUGUGCAAUCAGAAUGUCCUGCAUGCAGUUCUUCGCAAUCCCCAUUUUCCUACUAUGAACCUUGCCCACAAAAUGAUGGGUACAGAGCUCCCUAGACGUCUCUUCCGCAGUUUGGCUCCGCGAUCUGACACAAACCAAGCUGAAAAACGCAAGAGAAGGUCGGAUGAAGGUGGCGGUUGGACGGAAGGCGGUGAACCUAUCCCCUUCCUCCAAUACCUGUUCAGUCAUGAGUCUAUCCCACCACCUCGUCCUGAUUCAUUCGAUGGGUACGCUCUUACUAAGGCCGUGCAAGUGGGGGACAUCCCUCUGGUCCGAUUUCUACUUGACCAUGGAGCAUCUCCGCAGCACAAGGACGGAUUGGCCGUGAAGGUCGCCAUUCGGCGGCAGGAUCUGAGGCUCGUACGCUUGUUGAUCGAGAGGGACGAUCGGGUACGGGCAGAGAAGAGGAGGGGAACAGAUAGUAGUAAUCUUGGUGAAGGAUCUCGACAAGCAGAUGGGUCCCAUCGCGCGGUAACAGGGCAGGGAUCGGAAGGGGACGUAAUUCCUCCGGAAUACCGUAGCGUGAAGAGAAGAAGGCUGGAAGACAGGAUCAAGCCUACUGUCGCGAUGCUCAGAAUGGCCGUACAAUCCGACGCACGAGACAUCGUCGAGUAUUUGAUGAAGGUGAAAGAGUGCGUCCCCGACAUGAAGACCGUCCUCAUGAUAAUGAAUGGCAGGAAGUGACCCCGGGAGGUAGGCCCUGACCACCCAAAGGCACUAUACCUA